AUGAAUAUAUUUUCGUUUAUUCUUUGUUUGUCUGAUGUUUUAACUUUCAAUAGUAGUUCACAUACCAAUCCUCUUGUUGGUAAACCUGUUAACAAUGAUGAUACUCUAAAUUUUCCAUCAUCGUUGACCUAUAAGCUAGAAAAUGUGUACACCCUACCCACCAUUGAAGAUAAUUUGUUCCAUAAAAUACCAGAUUUAUCUUCAGAUGAAGUAGAAUCUGAGAAGAAACUAGAGGAGAUAAAUGAAUCCAUUAAAAAUGGAGCAAUAGAAGAUCCUUUGACUAAGGCUAAAUUAUUCCAGAACGAAGAGGAUGAACAGCCAGAAGUCGAAGUAAAGGAAGUUUCUCUGGACAGUUCAGGAGAAAACUAUAAAGAGGGCGUUGAGUCUACGUCGCAGGACAUGAACGACAUAUCUAAAAGUCUGGAAUCAGACGGAGUGGCUGGAAAAGAUUUGGAUGAUGUCCAACUUAGGGAUAAUUUGCUCAACAAAAUCAUGAAGUCACAACAUCGCGACAACUUGGGGGCCUAA